AUGGAACAUAUUUCUUGUAAUUCAAAAUUUAAUGGUGUUGUGGCUGAAUUAUUUGGAAAAACGGCUAUUGUAUCUUCUAUUGAAGAUGGUGCUAAAUUUGUGAAGCAAUAUAAUUGUGAUGCUGUGACAAUGGAAGGGGAUCAAAUCAGUCGCAAGGGUGGAAUUACAGGUGGGUACUUGGAAUCUCGCAAUUCGCGAUUGCUAUCUUUCAACAAAGAGAAAGAGAUGGCUGUACGGCUGACAAGUGAGAAGGCUGUACUUGAAGGACUUUGUCAAGACGUGGCCGUCGUUGAACAGAAGAUAACGGAUGCUAUAAAUGAGAUCGAAUCUUUAAGGGGAGAUGUUGCUAGGACUGAGAAUGAAGCAGAUGCGGAUCUUCGAGAUGCUCGUCUUCAUGACGAACGAAAGGCACGAUUGGAAAAAAAUAUUGAACAAUUAUUGGAAACACGAAAAUCAUUGGAAAAAGGGAUGUCAGAUGCAACAAGUUCUCUGGAAAUUUUGCAACAGGAGAAAAAAGAAGAUUUUGUGUCAAAUUGGGGACAGAAAGAAGAGAGUCAUCUUGAGUCUUUCAUUGCGAAAGUUGAUAAAUCUCGGGAAGACCUUUCUGCACUUCAGCUACAAGGUGUUCGAUUAGCCACAGACGUACAAUUAUUGGAGGAUACACUUCAAAAUGUAAGUCGUAGAGUGAAUAUAGUGAGUGAUCGUGUUCGUGAACUUGGAUGGGUGAAUACGAACAAUCAGAGUUUGACGCGGGAUCAAGGAAGUGUAGAUGGGGAACUUUCUUUCGUUACUAAGCGUCUGGGGGCUGUUCGACACCUAAUUGCUGAAGCGACAAACGAGAAGAUUGUGAGUGAAGAGAAGCUGGAAGCUUUGAAAAGCAAACGAUUGGCAUCAGCUAGGUCUAUUCAGGAGCGAAGAGACAAUGAUGAAAAAAUUCAGAUUCAAAGAACACUUCUCAUACAACGCCGCGAUGACGCUAUGGACAAGAUACGGAAGUUGGGUAUUGUUCCUAAAGAUGUCAGUAAGUAUUUUGGGCAAUCUCUUGGCAUGUUGAUGCAUCGUCUAAAAGAAAACAAUGAGAAGAUGAAGAAGUAUUCGCAUGUGAACCGAAAAGCGGCGGAUCAGUACUCAUCUCUUACGGACACCAAGAAUGAAUUGGUUGGACAAAAAGAAAACCUUCAAAAAGAACUAAAAAGUAUUCAUGAGUUGAUGGAUCAUCUUGACAAGAAAAAGGAUGAGGCAGUGGAGAGAACAUUUAAACAAAUGCAGUAUAACUUUGAGGAGGUUUUUAAGGAAAUUGUUUCUACUGAGGAUUGUCAUGGGGAGUUGCAACUUGUCCGAUCAUCAGCCAAGAAAAAUGCAGGAGAAGAUCAAUAUAUUGCCGCUCGAAUUCGUGUUUCCUUUGGACUUGGUACUGCCGUGACAGAUCUUGGUCAGCUAAGUGGUGGGCAAAAAUCACUUGUGGCGCUUGCAUUAAUCUUUGCCAUUCAACGCUGUGAUCCGGCACCAUUUUACCUAUUUGAUGAAAUUGAUGCUGCUCUUGAUGCAGAAUAUCGUGCUUCCGUUGCAAAACUUAUCUUGAAAGACUCUGAAAAGUGUCAAUUCAUCACUGCAACCUUCAAGACUGAGAUGCUUGAAGCUGCGGAUCGCGUUCUCGGUGUAUUCUUUCAUAACAAGAUAAGUCGAAUCCAGGUCAUUUCAUUAGAAGACGGAGUAAAAUUACUGAAACAGGCAGCCCUUGAAGAAAGGAAAAGGGAAAGGGAGAUUGAAGAGUAA